AUGGCAAUAUGGGUCGACGAUGGACUUCUUUGCAGCAAUCAUCAGUCAAAACUGGAAGACAUUGUCAAUUAUCUCUCAGACAAUUUCGAGAUUACCUCUGGACCUGUGGACCACUUUGUCGGUUUGGAGAUUUCUAGAGAUAGACGUAAAGGCCUCAUUCAUAUCUUCCAACAGGCCUAUGUAAAGAAAAUUCUCGCCCGAUUCAGGAUGGGAGAUUGCAAACCUCGAAGCAUUCCAGCUGACCCAUGUUCUCAUUUGGAAAAACAAUUUUCCACUUCCGAAACUCAAGAUUAUCCUUACAGGGAGGCAAUUGGUCCCUUGAUGUUCGCAGCCAUCUGUACUCGACUGGACAUUUCAUACGCCGUCUGCCAGGUGGCCAAAUACUCCAGUAAACCAAGCCAUGUUCAUUGGGAAGGUGUAAAGCGAAUUUUUGCAUAUUUAAAGGGGACGAUCUCCCUUGGAAUCUCUUACUUAAGAGGAGUUAAAGACGGUGUUUUGCUAGCUUUUUCUGAUUCUGAUUUUGCUGGAGAUGCGGAUGACAGAAGAUCCACGACUGGAAAUAUUUUUAUUCUCAAUGGCAGCCCUGUGUAA